UUGUUCUAGGUAUGGCAUUGUUCGCUUUUGUCAUUUUAAGCGCCCUAUCAAUAGGAUGCCAUUCUUACAAAAUAGGCAUUGGGAUUGCCGAUAUCACCGGGCCUCCAGCUGAAGUCGCCUUUAUGGGUUAUGCCCACCCAGAUCAAAAGGGACAAGGACUUCACCUUCGGCAGUUCGCGCGUUCUUACAUCAUCGACGACGGCCAGACGAGAAUGGUCUUCGUCAGUGCUGAUUGCGGAAUGAUUGGAACAUACUUAAGAAAAGAGGUCAUCAAAAGAUUGAAGAAUGACUACAAAAAUUUGUACACGGAGGGCAACGUCAUGAUCAGCGGGACGCACACACACUCAACGCCAGGUGGAUUCCUAAUGGAUGUUAUUUUCGACUUAAACACAUAUGGAUUUGUGAGGGAUACUUUCGAAGCCUACGCAAACGGAAUUACGAGGAGUAUUUCCAGGGCCCACAGCCGUCUCACUGAAGGAAAAAUCUUCGUCACUAGGGGCGAAGUUUUCAAUGCGAAUAUCAACAGAAGUCCGACGGCUUACCUGCAGAACCCUGCAGACGAAAGGGCAAGAUAUACGUAUGAUGUUGACAAGACAUUUACACAACUCAAGUUUAUGAGCAAAAACAAGCCCAUCGGCGUUAUCACGUGGUUCGCCGUUCAUCCGACUAGUAUGAACAACACCAAUAAGCUCGUCUCGAGCGACAACGUCGGCUAUGCUUCCGUUCUCUUCGAACAGAGGAUAAACAAGAAGUUCACGAAGUUCAUCGGCAAGGGUCCAUUUGUCGCAGCUUUCGCAUCCACCAACCUCGGCGACGUCUCGCCUAAUAUAAAGGGGCCCAAAUGCCAAAAGUCCGGACUCCCAUGCGAUGCUCAGACCUCCACCUGCAAAGACAAAACGGACAGCUGCAUCGCAUCCGGCCCUGGGAAGGACAUGUUCGAAAGCACUUCGAUCAUUGCUAACAGGAUAGUGGAGAGGGCCUGGGAAGCGUUUCAGUCUGAAGGAUUCGAGUUAAAAGGUCCUCUGGGAAUAGUUCAUCAAUAUGUGGACAUGCCAUCGCAAACAGCACCAUGGACAGAUCCUAAAACAGGAAGGACAAAAAUGGUCAACGGAUGUCUCGCAGCUAUGGGUUACAGCUUUGCUGCUGGAACCACUGACGGCCCAGGUGCUUUUUCAUUUAAGCAGGGUACAACAUCAACCAACCCUUUGUGGAACGCCUUGACCUAUCUCUUGGCGCCGCCGAGUCCCAAGCAGAUAGCAUGCCAGUCGCCGAAACCCAUCCUUCUUUCAACAGGCGAAAUGAACUUUCCGUUUGAAUGGCAGCCUUCAGUUGUUUCGACCCAAUUGGCCAAAAUCGGUGGUAUGGCCAUUGCUUGUGUACCCGGCGAGUUCACGACGAUGUCCGGCAGAAGGCUGAGGGAGAAAAUCGCCAAAGAAUUGGGCCUGUUCGGGCCGGAACGUGUGAUAGUCGCAGGCCUCUGCAAUACCUACAGCGACUACAUCACCACUCCUGAAGAAUACCAGGUUCAGAGAUAUGAAGGAGCGUCGACGAUUUUCGGCCCCCACACGCUGACCAUCUACCUCGAACAGUAUAGAAAACUCGCGACGCACCUGAAAAACGGCGUUAUUCCAGAACCGGGGCCGGAAAUUCCAGCAUCGUUUUCCGAUCUGAUAUCCCUUCUUCCGCCCGUGAUUUUCGACUCCGCUGGAUGGGGCAAGAAUUUCGGUGACGUUAAAGUCGAACCGGAGCAGGUGGUUCAAAUCGGAAGCACUGUCUCUGCUGUUUUUGUCUCUGGGCACCCCAGGAAUGGCUAUCACCAAGAAGGUUCAUAUUUAUUUAUUGAAAGACAUGGAGAUGACGGGAAAUGGGAAGUGGAGGCGACUGAUGCCAAUUGGGAAACCAAGUUUAUCUGGAGGCGUCUUAAUGGACUUUUGGGGACGAGCGAAGCCGAGGUGAGGUGGACGAUUCCCGAACGAACCCCUACGGGGACUUACCGCAUCAGGCAUUUCGGCCACUUCAAGUACGUCUACGGCCGUAUCGAUCCUUACACAGGAGUAACUUCCACGUUUCAGGUCGUGAAUUAAAUCCGGCUAACAAACCGCAGUUGUGGAAAUUAGUGGUUGUUUUUUUUAAAUGUGUUAAACUAAUAUAACGUUGAUAUAAGUGAAGCCUUAUUUUUAUAAUUAAUUUUGAACAAAAUUAUAUACAUUUAUGUUAAUAAAACAAAUAGUUUUGUA